GACGGCAGCGUGAGCGAUUUCAAUUCUGUCCUGUUGCGAGAAGCGUGCAAACGUCGUCUGCCUGUUGAUGCCAAUCUAUUGGCCCGCCACAACGACGCAUCCAAUGCUCAGACCGACGCUGGGCUCGGCUGUCUGGCAGGCGGCCGAGUGGGCGGAUUGAGUAGAAUUGCGGACGCUUGCAGACAGACAAGCGAACCGAGCAGAAAGUCAGAAUUCGGCAAAAAAGCGCACAAUUUGACGGUUUCCAGCGGACAACCCAACUUGCCGAAGGGCUCUGUUUUUCUACCUUUUUGCGCCUCUUUUCAUGCCCUCAAGACGCCAGUCUCCGAGACCGGACUUGAGCUGCUGAUGGAAUGCGUGAAACCCACUUACGCGACGGUCAGUUGUGGUUGCAGUUUCACUUUGGCUUUUGCUUUCAGUUCAUGCGCUUAUUGCAUUUCUGCUCGAAAACAUGUUGCCUCAAAUAGUCGUCAUGUUGACUCUCCAUUUCGAUUUGGGUGCCUCGUUCCGUGA